AAAUAGAAGUGUGAGAGUAGAAAGGGGAGGCGGAGUUGUGGCUGCGGCGGCGUGGGGUCCUCUCUCUUUCUCUCUACUUUCAAAUUCUCAAAAUCUCCCAAUUCUCCCUCGUUCUUCCACCGCUCGCUCGCUCUUCGCGCCCAGCUCUUAGUUCUGUGGUGUAUGCUCAUAUGUGAAUUCAUUUCAUCGAAAUGUCUCUCCUCAGUAGAUUCUUUUACAGAAGGCCCCCGGAUGGGUUGCUGGAAUUUGUUGAACGAGUAUAUAUUUUUGACUCGUGCUUUUCUACUGAAGUAUUGCCUGAUGAUAUGUACCAAAUAUAUCUGCACGAAAUCAUAAACGAAUUACAUGAAGAAUUCCCGGAGUCCUCUUUUCUUGCUUUUAAUUUUCGUGAAGGGGAGAAACGGAGCCAAUUUUCACAAAUGUUGUGCGAGUAUGAUGUCACUGUGAUGGAUUAUCCUCGACAAUAUGAAGGUUGCCCGCUUCUACCGCUGUCGUUAAUACAGCACUUCCUCCAUGUUUGUGAAAGUUGGCUUCUGCUAGGUAACCAACAAAAUGUCAUUCUUCUCCACUGUGAGAGGGGAGGUUGGCCACUGUUAGCAUUCCUUUUGGCUAGCUUUUUGAUAUUUAGAAAACUGCACAGUGGUGAGAGGAAAACUCUUGAAAUUGUUCAUCGAGAAGCUCCCAAAGGGUUUUUGCAGCUCUUGUCACCAUUAAAUCCUUUCCCAUCUCAGCUCCGCUACUUGCAAUAUGUUGCAAGGAGAAAUAUAGUCUCUGAGUGGCCACCACCUGAGCGAGCGCUUUCUUUAGAUUGUGUAAUUCUUCGUGGCAUUCCGGGUUUUGAUUCUCAGAAUGGCUGCAGACCAGUUGUUCGUAUUUUUGGGAGGAAUCUUUUUAGUAAGGGUGGGCUUUCCACGCAGAUGAUUUUCUCUAUGCCCAAGAAGAACAAGGCCCUCCGUCACUACCAUCAGGCAGAGUGCGAUGUGAUUAAAAUAGACGUUCAGUGUUUGGUUCAAGGAGAUGUAGUGUUGGAGUGUUCACAUUUGGAACCAGAACAAGAAAGGGAAGUUAUGAUGUUUCGUAUUAUGUUCAAUACAGCGUUUAUUCGAUCAAACAUACUGAUGCUAACCUCUGAAAAUUUGGACAUUCUUUGGGAUUCAAAGGAGCGUUAUCCAAAAGGCUUUCGAGCUGAGGUUCUGUUUGGAGAGAUGGAAAGCAUCUCCCCUCCAAGGGCUCCAACCACAAUUUUGAAUGGUGAAGAGAAAGGUGGAUUACCAAUUGAAGCUUUUUCCAGGGUUCAAGAACUUUUUAGUGGUGUUGAGUGGAUUGAUAACAAUGAUGAUGCUGCCUUGUGGCUACUCAAGAAUCUUUCUGCCUUGAGUGAUGUGAAGGAAUUGUCAAGAUUGCAAAAUAAAACAAGUUCAUACUCCUCACCAGUGGAUUCUGAAGAGGAAAAUAAUACAUCUAGCACUGCCGAUAGUUUAGAUGAAGUAUUUGAUACUAUUACAAGGCCUGUGGUUGAUUCAACUUCUACCAAUUUUACAAUUCCAGCUACGGUACAUUCUUCUGAAUUAUUGUCCGACAAGAUUGGUGCUAAUGAAGUGAAUAUUUCAUCAGAGUCUCCUCAACUUUUUGAUGAAUUUCAAGAUGAGAUAUCUUCGAAUAAAGAACCUCCAUUAACUUCUUUUGGCUCCUCAAUCCCUCCUAUAAGUUCUUCUUUGAUGUCAUCGCCACUGUUGCCUCCAUCUAAUCUACCAUCAACUAAUGCUAGUGGGGAACUUGUCUCAAAUAAAAUGACACCCACUGUUGAAGUAAUUCCUCCUCCACCACCACCGCCGCCGCCACCUUUUUCCCUGUCUCAUAAUGAACCUCAUGUAGAAACUUCCAUCAGUUCAAAUUUGACUACCAUAACAAUGCAUGGGAGACCCCCUCCACCACCUCCACCUCCACCUCCACCUCAAUAUACUACUGGUACCAAUCCUGUUGAAGCCUCUUUGACUCAUUCACUGUCGCUUGUUCCUAAAACUUCGGGUGCUCCUCCACCCCCACCUCCCCCUCCUCCUCCCCCUCCACAAGUUGUUGGUCCACCUCCACCUAUUUCUAAUUCCUCCAGUUCUCCACUUCCUCCUCCACCUCCGCCUCCAGUUCCAAAAUCUUUUGGUACUCCUCCACCUCCACCUCCACCUCCGCCUCCGCUUCUAAAAUCUUCUAGCGCUCCUCCACCUCCACCUCCACCUCCCCCUCCUCUUCUAAAAUCUUCUAGUGCUCCUCCACCUUCACCUCCACCUCCACCUCCACCUCCGCCUCCGCUUCUAAAAUCUUCUAGCGCUCCUCCACCUCCACCUCCACCUCCCCCUCCUCUUCUAAAAUCUUCUAGUGCUCCUCCACCUUCACCUCCACCUCCACCUCCACCUCCGCCUCCGCUUCUAAAAUCUUCUAGCGCUCCUCCACCUCCACCUCCACCUCCCCCUCCUCUUCUAAAAUCUUCUAGUGCUCCUCCACCUUCACCUCCACCUCCACCUCCACCUCCGCCUCCGCUUCUAAAAUCUUCUAGCGCUCCUCCACCUCCACCUCCACCUCCCCCUCCUCUUCUAAAAUCUUCUAGUGCUCCUCCACCUUCACCUCCACCUCCACCUCCACCUCCGCCUCCGCUUCUAAAAUCUUCUAGCGCUCCUCCACCUCCACCUCCACCUCCCCCUCCUCUUCUAAAAUCUUCUAGUGCUCCUCCACCUUCACCUCCACCUCCACCUCCACCUCCGCCUCCGCUUCUAAAAUCUUCUAGCGCUCCUCCACCUCCACCUCCACCUCCCCCUCCUCUUCUAAAAUCUUCUAGUGCUCCUCCACCUUCACCUCCACCUCCACCUCCCCCUCCUCUUCUAAAAUCUUCUAGUGCUCCUCCACCUUCACCUCCACCUCCACCUCCACCUCCGCCUCCAAUUCCAAAACUUUCUGUUGCUCCUCCACCUCCACCUCCACCUCCAAAACUUUCUGGUGCUCCUCCACCUCCGCCUCCACCUCCAAAACUUUCUGGUGCUCCUCCGCCUCCGCCUCCGCCUCCAAAGUUUUCUGGUGCUCCUCCGCCUCCGCCUCCGCCUCCAAAACUUUCUGGUGCUCCUCCGCCUCCGCCUCCGCCUCCUAAACUUUCUGGUGCUCCUCCACCUCCACCUCCACCUCCACAAUCAAAUCGCGGUGCACCGGUUCCACCUCCUCCACCACCAAGACCUCCCAGUGUUGAGCUACCAAGUCAUGGUACUAAACCAACUAGACCUCCUCCACCUCCUCCACCGGCAAAGUCCUCUAAUGCUCACCCUCCGUCAAGUCAUGGUGCUACACCAAUGCCACCCCCUCCCCCCGGAUCAAGAGGGCCAAAUGUACCACCACCACCUCCUCCUUCUGUUGGAAGAGGCAAAGCUUCUCUAGGGUCAACAACUCAAGGAAGAGGCCGUCUUGCUACUGGAGUUGUAAAUGCUCCAAAAAAAACCACUUUAAAACCAUUGCACUGGGUAAAAGUUACUCGAGCAAUGCAAGGCAGUUUGUGGGCUGAUUCACAAAAGCAGGAAAAUCAAUCAAGGGCCCCAGAAAUAGACAUCUCUGAACUUGAAAGUCUAUUCUCAGCAGCCUCUGCUUCUGAUGGGAGUGGUAGUAAAGGUGGAGGACGACGUGGUUCCAAUAUCAACAAACCGGAAAAAGUGCAACUGAUUGACCUGCGAAGAGCAUAUAACUGUGAAAUAAUGCUCUCAAAAAUAAAGAUUCCCUUACCGGAUAUGAUAAAUUCAGUUCUUGCAUUGGAUUCUUCUGCUCUUGAUAUUGACCAGGUUGAGAAUCUCAUCAAGUUUUGUCCUACCAGGGAAGAGAUGGAAACGUUGAAGAAUUAUACAGGUGACAGACAAAUGCUAGGAAAGUGCGAGCAGUUUUUUCUUGAGCUAAUGAAGGUCCCACGAAUAGAGUCCAAGUUACGAGUGUUUGCUUUCAAAAUAACCUUUUCUAGUCAGGUGAAUGAUUUGAGAUACAACUUGAACACAAUAAAUGAUGCUACAAGAGAGCAACAGGUCAAAGAAUCUGCAAAAUUGCGUCAGAUAAUGCAAACAAUUCUGACACUGGGAAAUGCGUUAAACCAGGGCACUGCUCGAGGCUCUGCUAUAGGUUUUAAGUUGGACAGCCUCCUUAAAUUGUCUGACACUCGGGCAAGAAACAACAAAAUGACUUUGAUGCAUUAUUUGUGUAAGCUCAUUGCAGAAAAAAUGGCGGAAUUACUUGAUUUUGACAAGGACCUUGUUCAUUUAGAAGCUGCCUCUAAGAUUCAAUUGAAAGCAUUGGCUGAGGAAAUGCAAGCAGUGAGUAAAGGUCUUGAAAAGAUGGAGCAAGAGCUAACUGCUUCAGAAAAUGACGGUGCUAUCUCUAUUGGUUUCCAGAAGGUGCUGAAGAUUUUUCUUGAUACGGCUGAAGCUGAAGUAAGGGCACUUAUUUCCUUAUAUUCUGAAGUGGGGAGAAACGCAGAUUCGCUAUCCCAGUACUUCGGCGAGGAUCCAGCUCGGUGCCCCUUUGAGCAAGUGACUCAAAUUUUGAUAGUCUUUGUUAAGAUGUUCAAGAAGUCUCGAGAAGAAAACGAAAGACAGGCUGAUGCUGAAAAGAGAAAAAUAGAGAAGGAAGCCAUGAAAGAACGAAGUUCGGUUAAGGCAAAGUGAGACCAUAUUAUGUUUUUAGUAGAAGGUAGUGCCAGACAAGCCUAAUUGGUUAAUUCGGUCGAAUACCUGAAGAGGUGCGAAUGUGAAAAUCAGAUCAUAGACUUCCUUCACGCUGAGCACAAGGCAAUUUUGUUCCCAGGUUGGCUCUUCGCCCUCCUGCGCUGCCAUUUCUUUCAUCAAUAUUGUGCUUUGUAAAUACGUAGCGAAUACCGACUCAUGGAGUGGUUGCCUUUUUGACAACGAGGUUAGAGCUCUGUUGAUCUCAGCUUGACAUUGUCAUUAUGGUAACAAAACUUCUCAGAUAGCAACAUAUGGAUAUAUAUCAAUUGUUGAAGAUAGUUAAAAUAGGGCUAUGACCUUUGUAUAGGUAGAUAUCAUUGCUAUAUUUUGGUAGUUUUCUUGACUCAUGGUGGCUUUUGCUGCACAUUUAUUGUAAAGAAAAUGUUACAAUUUCUAGUUAAAAUGGUGUUUCAUUAGUUCA